ACACAGAACCGACCGUUCAACAGCUAUUCGUGCUACAGCUUUGUACUUGUAAUAUAAUCUGGAAGAGAGACGAAGGAGGCUUUUGUAAGCGGCAUCCCGUUAUUUUAAUUUCCACAAUGGCAGAGGGAGGAGAUGUGGAAUGGGAGCUGAGCAAAGAAAAUAUCCAGCCACUGCGACGGGGCAGAGCCAUAUCAGCCUUACACCAGGCGCUCAGUCAACAACAGGAUGGACUCAACUCUGCCAUCAACCAACAGAGACAAGCCUUUGAGUCUGAACUGCGAAUGUAUGACGGAGAUGAUCCACUUGAUGUGUGGGAUCGGUAUAUAAAGUGGACAGAGCAAACCUUCCCUCAGGGAGGAAAGGAGAGCAACCUCUCCACACUUUUGGAACGAGUGGUGACCAGAUUCACAGAGGAAAAGAAAUAUCACAACGACCCUCGCUACGUUGACCUCUGGAUCAAAUUUGCAGAGACCUGCUCGGAGCCCUUGGAAAUUUACAGGUACAUGCAAGCACAGGGAAUAGCAGUGACACAGGCAUCCUUCUACAUCGCUUGGUCUGAGGAGUAUGAGAAUCAAGGCAACUGUCGCAAAGCAGACCUGGUUUACCAGGAGGGAUUCAAGAAAUGUGCAGAGCCGCACGAUAAGCUCCUGCAGUUUCACAAGGCUCUGCAGGCACGUGUGUCCCGACAGGUGAUGAUGAAAGUGGAGGAGGAGGAUAGCGAUGAUGAGCCCAAACAACCUGAGAGAGUUUCUCUGGCCGACCUCAAACAUAAAGGGAAGAAAAAGGCCAUCGCCCCAGUCAGCAGAACCGGGCCAGCAAUCAGAAGCAUUUCUGGAGGCCUACAGUCACACGGCGCCCCUGUCCUCAGCAAUGCUUCAAACAGUCGGUUGGUAAUCUUCGAUGAAAACAAGGCUCAAGAAGCUGGUCCAUCAGAGCCUGUACUGGAGUCGUGGAUGGCUCCUCCCACUUCUAGGGCAAAGGAAAAUGAGCAGAGACCAGAAAAAUGGUGUGAUGUCAAGAUGCCCCAGAAGUCGAAAUUUGGACAUACUAUUAUGGCUCCACCACCUCCAAAACCCACCUUCCAGCCAUUUGUUGAGGAGUCAGACCAGCCUCCAACAAUGACGCCAUGUAAGAUCAACCCGGCAGUGAACAAUGUUUUAUCAGCGCGUAAGCCGUGCAGAGAGGAAACUCCUCUAAAGAGACUACAGGAACACCAUCAGCAACAGAAGGAGGCAGAGCCAGGAAAGCCACAGGAGGAGAGCAUGUACUGUAAAGAGCUGCUGCUCAGCGGCGCCAGCGAAUUCUGCUUUGAGGAACUGCGUGCUGAACGCUACUUCAAGAAGAUGGCACAGGAAUCACAGGAAGUCAGGGGUCAAAAGGAACAAGCUAAUGCCAGCGCUGCAAACUGAUACAUCUACAAAGACUAACAAACUUUGAUUGUUUUUAUGGAUAUUGUCAAGAUUUUAUCUGCAAGCAUCAUGUAAUUCCUGUUUUGCGUCCUGUUGUAAAUAUUUUGUUUAUGGAGUUCCAGUUACUCAGAAAGGUAAAAAGACAAAGGGGGUUUAGAUUUUUAGAAAUCCUUUGAACAAAAUACAACAGGAAGACCAAAUAAUGGGGAACACCUGUACAAUCCAGUGUAAUCCAUUACAAAACACCACCAAUAAAAGCAAACUGACUGUAGUAUAGAAUACACAUCUGUAUGAUUUCAACAAACAAUAUAGGCUUCACAGUAGCAACAGUAGGGCUGUUGAAUUGUAUUAUAUUGUUUAUGACAACUUCUUGUACACAUGAAACACAUUUGUUUACCACUGUUCAAGUGUCUUCUGCCGAAAUACUACUCAGUUAUUCCUAAUUUCUCUUAGUCAUUUCAUCCAUUCUUAAGAACAGUGAUUUUUUUUUAUUACAUUCUGCCUUUUUUAAGUCAUUCUGUCUUGAGCAGAGUUUUCUGUACAAUUCCACUGCAGUCUAAAGAAGGUUUCAGUGAGGUGAUUCAACUGAGUAAAGUGUCCCUCCUAGGUCUGUGUCAUUGAUGUUCAAUAAGCUUGUUAAAACGUCUGGCGAAUGACUAGUGGGAUUGUGGGAUGUUUUUUUUUCUUUUGACAGAGGGGGAUUGUAGUAAUGCACUGUCAGCAGGGGGCAUGCGAGGGAAAGCAUGGAUUGCAUUCCUGGUAAUGGUGGUUGGAUUACUAAUGGGGCACUUUAGUGCUGAGUGUAAUCUGUUGCUGCAGUAUAAAGAGUCAACGCUGGUUGCCAAGAGUGAA